CUGCCGAGGACUGUGGACCUCUGCCGGUCAGCUGAUGGCUAUCAGUCAAUAGAUCACUAGAUUCCGCUACUUUAAUUGUCUCCGGUCGUUAUCGGGGCUUGGAGGGAGAGAGAAAUACAGCCAGCGAGAGCCGCCAGUGUGGCGGCGAGACUUACCUUCUGCAGUUGCAUCAUUGGCACUGUAGCGUCAGACGCCUAUAAACAGCUCCUGCGAGUCAUCGUGAUAAUAAACCGCCAUGUGCAUCCUGUUCCUGGAGCUGUCCGCCUGCCCCGCGCCCGACGGCUACCGCCUGAUCCUGGCCUCCAACAGGGAUGAGGCCUACCGGCGGCCCACCGACCACGCGCACCACUGGGAGGAGGCGCCCAGCGUUUUCGGAGGGCGCGACCAGGAGCCUGGCCGCGAGGGCGGCACCUGGCUGGCCUUGGACACGGCGGGCCGCGGCCGCCUCGCCGUGCUGCUCAACGUGAUGGGGUCGCCGACGCAGAGCGACAUGCGGCCGCGGGGCUCCCUGGUGUCCGACUUCGUGCGCGGGGAGUUGCACGCCAAGGACUACGCGGAGGCCCUCGCCAAGGACGGCUUGGAGUACAGCGCCUUCCACCUCGUCACCAUCGACCUGGACGAGGCGUCGGGCGGCCUGUGGCACUACAGCAACUGCUCCCCGGAGGAAGGGGUGGCGUCCGAGGUGACGCACUUCCGCAGCGGCCGCCUGUCGCUGGGCAACUCGGUGGUGCAGGAGCCCUUCCGCAAAGUGGCGGCCGGCGGCGAGCGCUUCGACGCCAUCCUGGCGGAGCGGCGCGCCGACCGCGACCGCCUCGUGGAGGAGCUGGUGGCGCUGCUCAAGUGGGACCACACGCACUUCCCGGAUGAGAGGCUGGCGAGCAGGGCGGCGAGGAGCAACCUCAGCCUGGAGAGGCUGCAGCAGUUCAGCUCCAUCUACCAGAGGCAUGCCAACUACGGCACGAGAACGCACACGGUCAUCCUGGUGGACGCGAACUGGCGCUGCGACUACUACGAGUGGACCCUCGGAGAGAGCCGCGAAGCCGUGGACCCGGACAAGUCCCGCUGGAACUACAUCCACAAGACGUUCCAGCUGGGGCCGUCCGCGUAGCGCGUAGGGUAUCUAAGUUACGUUUCAUUCUAAACGGGUCAAUAUAUAAUUAAGAUUCUGUACUCACCAACGUAAGUCGUCGUGUCAUGUCUUGCCACGUCUUGCCGUGUCUUGCCAUGUACUUGUAACCCCUCUACGUCAAGUCUGCACUCGGCAGGCUGACGCAUGUUGAGAUUAUUUUCAUCGUUUGAUGUGUUUGUGUGAAGAGGAAAUAGUCGUGUACCAAUUGUUGAUUAUUUAGAGUCUGUUUAUGUAAAUGCACUGUGAUAACGCGUGCCUGCACUGUGAUAACACGUGCCUGCAGUGCGCCCGUCGCCGUUAAUUCGCUUCCUUAUUACCUCAAAGAGUCUAUUAAUCCAUGUUCCAUGUAAAAUGGGCGCCUCGGUCAUAUUUCUGUGUCGUGCUAGUCGUCCCAGUGCUCAACGAAAAAUAAACGCUUUCCGCCACUCGG